AUGGAAGUGAAGGAACGCAGACCCUACCGCUCACUCACCGCCCGGCGGGACACCGAGCGCCGUUACACCAGUUCCUCAGCAGACAGCGAGGAUGGCAAGCUCAACCCUAAAUCCUACAGCUCCAGUGAGACGCUCAAAGCCUUCGACCAAGACUCCAGGAUGGCCUAUGGGAGCCGCGUCAAAGAAGUAGUACAUCAUGAAGUGGAUGAGUUCAGCAGGCAAGGGGGAGACUUUUCUCUUCGAGACCUUGGCUUUGGCGAGGCCCUUCCAUCCCACGUAGCCACAUAUAGGACGGAUUUGGGAAUGCCACACCGCGACUACUCAGUCAGUGUGGGGUCAGAUGCCGACACAGAGACAGAUGGCAUCAUGUCCCCAGAGCACGCUGUCAGAUUAUGGGGCCGCAGCAAUACCAAGUCGGGCCGCAGCUCUUGCCUGUCCAGCAGGGCCAACUCCAAUCUGACCCUCACUGACACCGAACACGAGAACACAGAGAACGGUCCUCCGCUGCAUUGUUCAUCCGCCUCUUCCUCCCCUGUCGAGCAGCUCCCAUACCCUCCCCCUUCCCUUGCAGCCAAUGAGAGCCAGGGAAGGUUGCUAGGUAACUGUGCGGCUCAGCCAGCCCAGGACUCUGACUCUGAAGAUGAGUUUGGCCCCAAUUCAUUCUUAGUUAAAACUGGCUCAGGGAACCUGUAUGCUCCUGCCACCGCAACUGCCGAUGACGGCGCAUUUCAAAACCACUCUCGGCUGAGGACCCCUCCCCUGCAGCUCUCCCAUUCGCACUCGCCCAAUCACCAGCACCACGCGGCCUCCAUUAACUCCCUGAACAGGGUCAACUACACACCCCGCAGCAACCCGAGCCCCGCACCCACGGACAGCUCGGUUCCUCCGGAGGGUCCUGCCAGUGGCCAGGACUCUGGCAGUGCGCAGGACAACUGGCUCCUCAACAGCAACAUACCCCUGGAAACCAGAAACAUAGCAAAGCAGACAUUCCUAGAGCCUUUACAGGACAACCUCAUUGAGAUGGACAUUCUGGCAUCAGCACGCCGCGAUGCCGCAUGCAAAGACGGGCAUUUUCUCUUCAAGCCAGGUGGAACAUCGCCCAUGUAUUGCACAACGUCACCAGGAUAUCCUUUGACCUCCAGCACGGUCUACUCACCUCCGCCGCGACCUCUGCCACGUAACACCUUCUCCCGACCUGCCUUCAGCCUGAAGAAACCCUAUAAGCACUGCAACUGGAAAUGUGCUGCUCUCAGUGCCAUCCUCAUCUCAGUAACACUGGUGUUCCUGUUGGCCUACUUCAUUGCCAUGCACCUUUUUGGAUUGAAUUGGCACCUGCAGCCCAUGCAGAGACAGAUGUACCAGCUGUCAGAAGACAAUGCCAGUGGCCUGCCUUUUCCCACACACAUGAGUUUGCCGCCAUUGGGCAACACAGGCUUGGAGAUACCUGACCGCAGAGGAAAAGAUGGCAGUAAAUUGGACAGCUUGUUCCCAGAUGACGGCUUCAUCAACAUGGGAGAGAUUGACGUGGGUCGCAAGGUGGCCCAGCAGAUACCUCCUGGUAUCUUCUGGAGGUCCCAGGUCUUCAUUGAUCAUCCCAUGUACCUAAAGUUCAAUAUUUCCCUCAGCAAAGAUGCCUUAGUAGGAAUCUACGGAAGGAGAGGCCUACCUCCAUCUCACACGCAGUUUGACUUUGUUGAGCUGCUGGAUGGGCGGAGGCUGCUGGCCCAAGACGUCCACGGUCUAGAAGGGCCCGUAGCUUUGCAGCGGAGCCUGUUGCCCAUCACCACCCAUGACACAGGCUUUAUCCAGUACAUGGACUCUGGCAUCUGGCACCUGGCUGUCUACAAUGAUGGGAAGGAAACUGAAACCGUUUCUUUCCUCACUACUGCCAUCGAUUCUAUUGACGACUGCCCCAGUAACUGCUUUGGGAACGGUGAUUGUGUGGCUGGAACGUGUCAUUGCUUCUUAGGAUUCAGAGGACCUGAUUGUGGGCGAGCCGCCUGUCCGGUGCUGUGCAGCGGGAACGGUCAAUACCUCAAAGGUCGCUGCAUGUGUCACAACGGCUGGAAGGGCUCGGAGUGCGACGUUCCCACCAACCAGUGCAUCGACGUCACGUGCAGCAGCCACGGCACCUGCAUCGUGGGAACUUGUAUCUGCAACCCGGGCUACAAAGGCGAAAACUGUGAAGAAGUGGAUUGCCUGGACCCAACAUGCUCAGGUCGUGGAGUAUGUGUCCGGGGAGAGUGCCACUGCUUUGUAGGCUGGGGAGGUCCAGGAUGUGAGAGUCCUAGGGCCUCCUGCAUGGACCAGUGCUCUGGACAUGGCGCCUUCCUGGCAGAUGCAGGAACCUGCAGCUGUGAUCCCAACUGGACCGGCCAUGACUGCUCCACAGAGAUUUGUGCAGCGGACUGUGGUGGCCAUGGCAUCUGCGUGUCCGGCACCUGCCGCUGUGACGACGGCUGGAUGGGCGCCGGGUGCGACCAGAGGGCGUGUCACCCACGCUGCAACGAGCAUGGCACAUGCAAGGACGGCAAAUGUGAAUGCAGCCCAGGCUGGAAUGGAGAGCACUGCACCAUUGAGGGCUGUCCUGGUUUGUGCAAUGGAAAUGGUAGGUGCACUCUGGGUAACAAUGGCUGGUACUGCGUGUGCCAGCUGGGCUGGAGGGGCACCGGCUGUGACACCUCCAUGGAAACUGCCUGCAGUGAUGUCAAGGACAACGACGGAGAUGGCCUGGUGGACUGCAUGGAUCCAGACUGCUGUCUGCAGGCGACUUGUCACACCACCACCUUGUGUGUGGGCUCUCCGGACCCCCUGGACAUCAUCCAGGAGACACAGAUGUCCUCGGCACAGAGUGACUUGCAGUCUUUCUACGAUAGGGUACGCUUCCUGGUCGGCAGGGACAGCACCCACGUCAUCCCUGGAGCCAACCCCUUUGACGGCAGCCAUGCCUGUGUCAUCCGUGGACAAGUGGUCACCUCAGAUGGGACGCCCCUGGUAGGAGUCAACAUCAGCUUCAUCAACAACCCAUCCUACGGUUACACAAUCACCAGGCAAGAUGGGAGCUACCUGGAGAUCAGCUGGGGUGUUUAUCUUAUCGUUGACUAUCGGGUUUUUUUCGGUCCGCAGUCCCUGCAGGAGGAGGUGCCCGUCCCUGGGACAGAUAUGAAGCUCAGCUACCUGAGUAGCAGGACCCCAGGCUACAAGUCCAUACUGAGGGUGACCCUCACCCACUCCAGCAUCCCCUUCAACUUGAUGAAGGUGCACCUCAUGGUGGCAGUUGAGGGCAGGUUGUUCAGGAAGUGGUUCCCCGCAGCCCCCAAUCUCUCUUAUGACUUCUUGUGGGACAAGACGGACGUCUACAGCCAGAAGGUUUACGGCUUGUCCGAAGCUUUCGUAUCUGUGGGUUUCGAGUAUGAGUCAUGUCCGGACCUCAUUCUGUGGGAGAAGAGGACUGCUGUUCUGCAGGGCUACGAAACCACUGCCUCCAAACUGGGAGGCUGGGCAAUCGACAAGCACCAUGCCCUUAACAUUCAGAGCGGUAUUCUUCACAUGGGAAACGGGGAGAACGUCUUCAUCUCCCAGCAGCCUCCUGUAAUUGGCAGCGUGAUGGGCAAUGGACGCAGACGCAGCAUCUCCUGCCCAAGCUGUAAUGGCUUGGCGGACGGAAAUAAGCUGCUCGCACCCGUGGCCCUUGCCUGUGGCUCUGACGGCAGCCUAUAUGUGGGCGACUUCAACUACAUCAGGAGGAUCUUCACCACGGGCAACGUCACGAGUGUGCUGGAACUCAGCAACAGCCCGGCGCACAAGUACUAUCUGGCCACCAGUCCGGUGACUGGUGCGGUCUACCUGUCAGACACCAGCAGCAGGAGGGUGUUCAAGGUGAAAUCCCUGAGCACCGUGAAGGAUAUGGCCAAGAACCUGGAGCUGGUGGCAGGCACCGGUGACCAGUGUCUGCCGUACGAUGACACUCGCUGUGGGGAUGGAGGGAAGGCCGUAGAGGCUACGCUCACUAAUCCCAGAGGCAUUACUGUGGAUAAGUACGGCGUGAUCUUCUUUGUGGAUGGGACCAUGAUUCGCAGGAUUGACCAAAACGGCAUCAUCUCUACCCUCCUGGGCUUCAAUGACCUCACCUCUGCCCGACCCCUUAGCUGUGACGCGGUGAUGGACAUCUCUCAGGUGCGUCUGGAGUGGCCCACAGACCUGGCAGUCAGCCCCAUGGACAACUCCGUUUAUGUCCUGGACAACAACGUGGUGCUCCAGAUCUCAGAAAACCAUCAGGUCCGCAUCGUAGCUGGCCGACCCAUGCACUGCCAGGUGCCUGGUAUCGACCACUUUCUCAUGGGCAAAGUGGCUAUUCAUGCCACCCUGGAGUCAGCCAAUGCCCUAGCUGUGUCCCACAAUGGUAUCUUGUACAUUGCUGAGUCAGAUGAAAAGAAAAUCAACCGAGUACGACAGGUGUCCACCAAUGGUGAGAUCUCACUGGUUGCAGGGGCAACUAGUGGCUGUGAUUGCAAGUUCGAUGCAAACUGUGAUUGUUAUUCUGGAGAUGAGGGCUAUGCCAAGGAUGCUAAGCUGAAUGCACCUUCUUCCCUGGCAGUAUCUCCAGAUGGAGAGCUCUUCAUUGCCGAUCUGGGCAACAUCCGUAUCCGCUACGUGCGCAAAAACAAGCCCUAUCUGAAUCCCCUCAGCAUGUAUGAAGUCUCCUCCCCCAUUAAUGAUGAACUCUAUUUAUUUGACUCCAAUGGCAGUCACAUUUACACACAGAGUCUUACUACAGGAGACCACCUCUACAAUCUGACUUACACAGGAGAAGGAGACCUGAGUGGCAUCACUGAUAAGAACAAGAAUAUAGUGACCAUUAGACGGGACACAACAGGCAUGCCUCUGUGGCUUAUGGUCCCCGAUGGACAAACAUUUUGGUUCACUAUUGGUACCAACAACGCCCUCAAAACUGUUGCCACGCAGGGUCAAGAUCUAGCUGUACUGACCUACCAUGGAAGUUCAGGGCUUCUGGCAACAAAGACCAACGAAAAUGGAUGGACAACCUUCUAUGAGUAUGACGGUUACGGCCGACUGACCAAUGUCACUUACCCCACGGGCCGAGUGAGCAGCUACCAUACUGACACAGACAGCUCGGUGCGCAUACAGACGGAGGCUUCCAACAAAGAGGAUAUCACAGUAACCACCAACCUGUCAGCUUCUGGCACCUUCUACACACUCAUGCAGGAUCAAGUUCGGAACAGCUAUUACAUCGGCCUGGAUGGCUCGCUGCGGCUGGUGCUGGCCAAUGGCAUGGAAGUGUCCCUGCACACCGAGCCCCACCUGCUGGCAGGCACGGUCAACCCCACCAUCAGCAAGAGGAACGUCACCCUGGCAAUCGACAACGGCCUCAACCUGGUGGAGUGGAGGCAGAGGAAGGAGCAGGCGCGGGGUCAGGUCACCGUGUACGGACGGAGGCUCAGGGUUCACAACAGGAACUUACUGUCGUUGGACUUUGAUCGUAUCACCAGAACCGAAAAAGUUUAUGAUGACCACAGGAAGUUUACAUUAAGAAUCCACUAUGACCAUGCAGGGAGGCCCACUCUGUGGGCACCAAGCAGUCGUCUGAACGGGGUCAACGUCACUUAUUCUUCUGGAGGGCAUGUGGCAGGUAUCCAAAGAGGUACCAUGUCUGUGCGUAUGGAGUAUGACCAGAACGGCAGAAUCGUCUCGCAAAUAUUUGCAGAUGGCAAAUCAUGGAGCUACACUUACCUUGAGAAGUCCAUGGUACUGCUGCUCUACAGCCAAAGGCAGUACAUCUUCGAGUUCGACAAAAAUGACCGCCUCUCCUCUGUAACCAUGCCCAAUGUGGCACGGCAAACCUUUGAGACCACCCGCUCUGUGGGCUACUAUAGAAACACCUACCGACCCCCUGAAGGUAACGCCUCAGUGCUGCAGGACUAUAGUGAGGAUGGCCAGCUGCUGCAGACAACCUACUUGGGUACAGGCCGCAGAAUAAUAUACAAAUACGGCAAGCUGGCCAAGCUGCUGGAGAUUCUCUAUGACACCACUCGGAUCGCCUUCUCCUAUGAUGAGGUGGCUGGCAUGCUGAAGACAGCGAUCCUGCAAAGUGAGGGAUUCACCUGCACCAUCCGCUACCGCCAGAUCGGCCCGCUCAUUGACAGGCAGAUCUUUCGCUUCAGUGAAGAGGGCAUGGUCAAUGCCAGGUUUGACUAUGUCUAUGACAAUAGCUUCCGAGUCACCAGCAUGCAGGCUGUCAUCAACGAAACACCUCUACCCAUUGACCUGUAUCGCUACGAUGAUGUAUCUGGGAAAACGGAACAGUUUGGUAAAUUUGGAGUCAUAUACUAUGACAUUAAUCAAAUAAUCACCACAGCGGUUAUGACUCACACCAAACACUUUGAUGCUUAUGGCCGGGUGAAAGAGGUUCAGUAUGAGAUUUUUCGCUCUCUCAUGUACUGGAUGAUGGUGCAGUAUGACAACAUGGGCCGUGUGGUGGCCAAGGAGCUGAAGGUUGGGCCUUAUGCAAACACCACACGAUACACAUAUGAGUAUGAUGCCGAUGGUCAACUCCAGGUGGUUUCCAUUAAUGAAAAGCCCUUGUGGAGGUACAGCUAUGAUUUGAAUGGUAACCUGCAUCUCCUCAGCCCCGGGAACAGUGCCCGCCUCACGCCACUACGCUACGACAUCAGAGAUCGCAUUACUCGACUAGGGGAUGUUCAGUACAGGAUGGACGAAGAUGGCUUCCUCAGGCAGAGGGGAAAUGACUACUUUGAGUACAACUCGGCCGGCCUGCUUGUCAAGGUCUACAACAAGGUGAGCGGGUGGAGCAUCAAGUACCGCUACGAUGGCCUAGGCAGAAGGAUGUCCAGCAGGAGCAGCACGGGUCACCAUCUGCAGUUCUUCUACGCAGACCUGUCCAGCCCCUCACGGGUCACCCACAUGUACAACCACUCCAGCUCCGAGAUCACAUCACUUUACUAUGACCUACAGGGACACCUAUUCGCCAUGGAGUUGAGCAGCGGGGACGAGUUUUACGUGGCCUGUGACAACAUCGGCACCCCUCUGGCCGUGUUCAGUGGCUCAGGCAUUAUGAUCAAGCAGAUCCUUCACACAGCCUUCGGGGAGGUUUAUCUGGACACCAACCCCAGCCUCCAGCUCAUAGUGGGCUACCAGGGUGGCCUGUACGAGCCUCUCAGCAGACUAGUUCACAUGGGCCGUAGAGACUAUGACGUCCUCGCUGGCCGCUGGACCACGCCUGACCACGAAGUGUGGAGCCGUCUUAACAGCAACCACAUUGUGCCCUUCAACUUAUACAUGUUCAAAAAUAACAACCCACUGAGUAACAAUGAGGAGAUCAAGUGUUACAUGACAGAUGUGAACAGCUGGCUGGUGACCUUCGGCUUCCAACUGUACAACGUCAUCCCCGGUUAUCGCAAACCACGCACAGAUGUUAUGGAGCCGUCCUACGAGCUUGUUCGCACACAGAUCAAGACGCAGGAGUGGGAUAGCACUAAAUCGGUGCUGGGCGUGCAGUGCGAGGUUCAGAGGCAGCUGAAGGCUUUCGUGAGGCUGGAGCGAUUUGGACAAAUCUACCGAGCCAAAAGCGCCGGCUGUCCUCAAACUGAGGGCAAGAAGCUCUUCGCCUCUGGUGGCUCCAUCUUCGGGAAAGGGGUGAAGUUUGCGAUCCGAGACGGACACAUCAGCACUGACAUUAUAAGCUUGGCCAAUGAGGAUGGGCGGCGAAUGGCUGCCGUCCUCAACGAUGCUUUCUACUUGGAAGAGCUUCACUUCACCAUUGCCGGGAUCGACACCCAUUACUUCAUCAAGUUGGGCCCAGUGGAUGGAGACCUGGCCCUCAUUGGCAUGACAGUGGGCCGGCGAACACUGGAGACAGGCGUCAAUGUGACGGUAUCUCAGGUCAACACUGUCCUCAACGGCAGGACUAGGCGCAUCACUGACAUCCAGUUGCAGUAUGGCAUACUCUGUCUGAAUACGCGCUACGGCAGCAGCGUGGAUGAGGAAAAGGUCCGUGUGCUGGAGCUGGCCCGGCAGAGAGCUGUGGCCCAGGCUUGGUCCAGGGAGCGCCAGAGACUGAGGGACGGAGAGGAGGGCUCGCGUACCUGGACAGAAGGAGAGAAGCAACAGCUCCUGGGCUCUGGGAAGGUGCAGGGUUAUGAUGGCUACUAUGUGGUCUCGGUGGACCAGUACCCUGAGCUGGCAGACAGUGUGAACAACAUUCACUUCAUGAGACAGAGCGAAAUGGGCAGAAGGUGACAUGAACACAGGGCUCUGUAGUGACUGACUUACAUAUAGGACAUGGGACUACUUGCCAAAGACAGAUGCAUACUGGACCACUUUUUGUCUUCUAUUGUUGUUUUUGUUUUGUUUUGUUUUUUUGGACUGUGCUCUACUGGGUUUUUAAUAUACUUAUAAAAAAAAAAAAGGAAAAACAUGGUUGCAAUCAAUUGCACUGUAUCAAUAGAAGAGUGCCCUUCUCCUUCUGGUGAUUCUUUAACAGUCUUUGCCCUCCAAGUGCGGCUGCUAGAGGAUGAACAUUUGCGACGUCGUGACUUAUUUUUGUGACUCCACGUCCUCGUCCCUGUCGGUGAUUCUGUUCAAAGGGAUCCAAGAGGAGUGUCGGUAAUGCAACGUGUUCAUUGGCCUGUGCCGCCGCCAGACUUGCAAAUUGUUAUUCACAAGCUUGCUCCAUUCUGCCUUUUCUGCGCCUCAGCCAAGGAGAUUCCUUCUCUUUUAAUCGCUUCUUUUUUAUACUUGAAAACCUCAUAGCCCCGGUCGUCCAUAAAUAAUGAGCGAAUCGUCUGUUGGCAGUAGACCCCGUCAUCAAAAAACCCUGCUGAACUCGUCAAAGCACCUUGACUUAACGUGUUGUCUUGCAUUUUUUUGAGAGGAGGGCGUGAAAAUGUAUUUGUGGUCUUACCUCGGAAGGCUCCGGCGCACCCCGAUCGUGCAUGUCGACGGCCCCUUUUUACGAACUACAAAUUGCUUCAUCAAGUUGAAAAUUGUACGGUAAAAAACCAACAAAGGGAUAUGAGGUCACAUCAUAUUUUGUGUCUACCUGUUAUUUUUGACUGGCAUUUGUUCUCAAAAGGAAAAAAAAGAAAAGAAACGGCAACACAAAUCGCUUUCUCUUCUUUAUUUGACAGUGGUCAAACAACACGAUCAUAAGAAUAGUGAAGAGCCAACCCUGUAAGAAAAUACUGUGGAAUUAAUGUCUGUAUUAAACAACAAAAAGGUAUUUUAUGGGAAUGGUUUUGAAUUACUUUUAGUUUUGUUUUAUAAAUAGCUAUAUGAAAUAACAGUAUAACAAAUGUGAAUCUAAAAAAAAAAAGAAGUGAAUUAUUGUCCCUUUUAUUGUUAAUUGUUGUACUUGAACAAUACUCAAGGGUGUUUCAACACAUGGAAUAAACUCUAAAAGGUGGUUUUAUUAAA